CGCGUCGAGCGCGUUUGUCAAUCUCGUUGUUGCUUGUAGUUUUGCGUAAUUGAUAACAAUGAAUCCGGCUGCCUCUACGUCUCGUGCGAAAGUUACUAAACCGAUAAUCCAUUCCCAAACACGUGAACUAGCCAGAAAAGUGUUAGAAAACUGUGAAAUGGAACGGAAAAAUAAUUUUUAUCAGUAUCCUGUGAAUCAAGCACUAGACCGGGCCGUGUUUUACACUGGCAUAUCGAAGAGGACCAUGUCCAGAAUAAAAUCCGAAUCCAGAUCAAUACCGCCAGAAGAGAAAUUAAAAUCACCCAAAAGACGGAAGAAGACCGGCAUAAAGUUGUGUGUGGAUGAUUUCGAUCGCGCAGUGAUUCAUAACACCAUCACUGAAUUUUAUUUACAGAAGAAGAUCGUACCGACAUGUAACAAGCUACUGGUCGAGUUGCGUAUGAGAAUACCUUUUCCUUGGGGUGUUCGUACGUUACAGCGGGUGUUGAAAAAACUGGGCUACAGGUGGCGUCGACGUCAUAACAAGCGAUCUGUUUUGAUUGAAAAGCCGGAUAUAGUUUUCAAACGUUAUCACUACUUGAAGAAAAUUAGAGAAUUCCGAGAAAACAACAGAAAUAUUUUUUAUGUAGACGAAAGGUGGGUGGACAAUAAUUUAACGUUCAAAAAGUGUUGGCAAAUGAGUGGAACGAAAGGAAUCGUAAAGGAUACCAGUUCGGGAAACGCACUCAUAGUGGUAAACGCGGCGGGCAGGGACGGGUUUUUGCCUGGGGCGUCUUUGAUUUUCAAUCCGGGUACUACUACUGGCGACUUUCACGGACAAAUGAACGGUGAGAAUUUUGAAAAAUGGGUAGUGGAGAAGCUUUUGCCUUCUCUUCCAGAACGCAGUGUCGUGGUGAUGGACAACGCGCCCUACCACAGCGUCCAGUUAAACAAACCUCCCACGAAAAGUUCGCCCAAAUAUGCUAUGAUAAAUUGGUUGCUAGACAAAAACGUUUACUUCGAUAGAACAAUGAGAAAACCCGAUUUAUAUAAUCUCAUAGAGCAAUUACCCAAACCCGUUGAAAUCCUUUACAACAUCGACACUAUAAUUAAAGGGCACGGUCAUGAAAUAGUUAGACUGCCUCCAUAUAUGUGUGAUUUAAACCCCGUAGAAUUCGCCUGGGGCGACAUCAAACGCUUCGUAAGAGAACACGAAUUGAAGAGCGAUUUCAGUUCGACACAACUCGAGGAGCUCACAGUGAAUGCCAUUUCGACAGUCUCGGAAGAAUACUGGCAAAAUUUCGAAAAACAUGUCCAGGUGCUGGAGAACGAUUACUGGGAAAAAGAUAUGUUGAUGGAAAAUGAAAUGGAAGAUUUUAACACGGGAGGCGGAGAAACCAGCGACGAAGAUUCUCUAAGUGUUUGUAGCGAUAUUAGUAUAAGUUCAUUAGAGUUUGUUGAUUGUGAUUAAUCAAAUAUUACUUCAAAUAGAUUGCCUGUAUUUCAAUGAUAGGCAGCGUUUUCGUUAGUUUAGCGUUAGUUUUAAAAUAACCUACAUUUAGAAAUGUUUAGUUUUUAAGUAAGUGCUUAUAAUAGUAAUAAUUACUAAUUAGUCAUUGUCACACUUAGCCAGUUUUUGAGUAGACUAGAUUCAACUAGAUUAUAAUAUUAUUAUUCUCUUAGGGUUACCACCUGCCACUUCUUGAUUUGCGGGCUACCAACAUCAAAAAUACGGGUUUUAGAGUUUUUUAACGGAAGACAGUGUUUUACACAGAUUUUUUUUUAAAUGUGUACAUACUUAAUCUUUGAAAAAACAUCUUUUACAAGUUCUUUAUUUUGUGAAGCAAUUGUAUAAAAAUCCUUGCAUUUUAACUUUAAAUUAUGUUAAACUUGUACCUAAUUCGUCGUUUCGGCUACGCGGGCAUUGGACUAUUGGUCCACGGCCACGCAUUGCCGUACAACGAAAAUAACAAAACGUCAGGGUUUGGUUUCGGCAGCCAUCUCCGGUUGAAUUUGUAAAAAAUACGCAAGCUUUAUUUACCCCGUAUUUUCUUCUUUAUUAUCAUACCCUGAAAUACGGGGUAACCAGUAAAUUACGGGGCAUCUGACAAUCUACCCAUGCGUUACGUGUAGACUGUAGACCCUAAUGUCGACGGCACUGAUGCGGUGUACCUAGUCUAUGGAAAAACUCGAGUUAGGUACGAGUUCAAUAUUAAGUAGGUACACCUAAACUUUUGU